UCCUUUCAGUUCACUGAACGUAUGGCUCAUGUCCAGACCUAUGUGUCGUGUGUUGGGUUCUUAUAAGUCUUUCGCUUUCUGUUCGUUUUGCGCGCAAUUUGAAAAAUACACUUUCCUCGCACAGUCCGUUUGAUUUAUAUUAUUAUAUUAUUACCGCCGACUAUGACUAACGAAACGUUUAGCCUCGACGCUCUAACGUAGCCUGCGUUGUGCACGUGCGGUUUAGUCGAAGAUAACUUCCAUUGACGUUAUUAGAAAAAAAAAAUACUAACACUACGAGGAAUCAUCAAUAUGUUCGAUAACAUUUUUGGUGGCAUUGGGAAAGGCUGUGCUAGUCAUCCAUGGGAGGUAAUAGUAGGUGUUCUGACCGUUACAGCAUGUAUGCUUUCCAUGGACAAGACAGCCGAUCCUAUGAUGUCAGCUGUGCCAAACAUACCUCCACACAGUUCCAAAAUUGUUGACGAAACCCAUGCCAUAGACGUUAUCUUCAUGACUCUUAUAAGAUGCAUAGCAGUAUUAUACUGUUAUUAUCAAUUCAAUAAUCUCAGACAGCUGGAAUCUAAAUAUGUUUUAGGAAUAGCCGCGAUGUUUACAGUAUUUUCCACUCUUGUUUUUAGCACUAUAGUAAUACAUUACUUAAACGGAGACUUAAAAGAUGCAAUGUUCCUGUUCCUAUUAGUUUUACUUGUUAACUUAAAGAAAGCUAGUCUAUUAGCACAGUUUGCGCUAAGCGGUUGUUCACAGACUGAAGUGAUUAAUAAUAUAUCUAAAGGAAUGUCACUGUUGGGUCCAUCUUUUUCGCUGGACUCGAUUGUAUGUAGUCUGGUAAUCAGUGUCGGUAUGCUAUCGGGUGUUCAACGUUUGGAAACACUGUGCAUGUUUACAUGUAUGUCGUUCAUAGUCAAUUAUGUGGUGAUGAUGAGCUUCUAUCCAGCAUGUUUGUCUCUUGUAUUGGAUCUUUUGAGAGGUGGAGAUGAAAACGGUAUGCCGUUCUGGGGAGACAGGUCUCAAAUAACCGCUAUUUGUAAUGAUCAUAAAACUGAUCCGAUAACACAACGCGUUAAGGUGAUAAUGUCAGUCGGAGUAAUGAUUGUUCAUGCACAGAGUCGAUGGGCGCUGAGUGGAAUGGAAUCGGAAGCCGAUAAUAUGUUAGGAAUACAAGUAACCAAGUUUGCAGUUUUCAACGAAACUGAAGAAAACAACCAUCGUUCAGUUCAAAGUUCUAUCGUGCAUUGGAUGGCUAGUGGAGCUGAUCACAUAGUUAUAUUAAUAUUAUUAAUGUCGAUGAUUGUGUGGUUCUGGUUUUUCGGUGAUCGAGAUGAAUUAGCUAGCCACCUAGCAUCGGUUAACCAUCCAUUACUAUUUAAUCAAACAGGUAAUGUGCGUUUACGAGAACUACUCAAAGUUACUCAACACACUGAAAGCCAGACUGAUAAUCAUAAUGAACAUACAGUGUCUUCAGAUAAAAUGGUUCAAACUGAUGUUGAAAACAUUAUUGCAAAAAAUGAUCAACCAAAUACACAAAGAUCAUUUGACGAAUGUUUAACAAUAUAUAAAACGCAGAAUUCUGCUGAAGCAUUAAACGAUACAGAAGUAAUGAUGUUAAUCAAGUCGAAUCAUAUUAAGCCUUAUAUGUUAGAAAAAUGUGUCAACAAUCCUGAACGUGGAGUAGGCCUUAGAAGAAAAGUCAUUUCCGAACAAAGUGAUUUAAAUGAAGCUUUAACUGAGUUACCAUAUGUUGGUUACGAUUAUUCAAAAGUUCUGGGCACAAAUUGUGAGAACGUAAUAGGCUAUGUAGCAGUACCGGUUGGAGUAGCGGGUCCUUUACUCGUAGAUGAUGUGCUUUACCAAGUGCCUAUGGCUACGACCGAAGGCUGCUUGGUGGCUAGUACAAAUAGAGGGUGUAAUGCUUUAAAAUCGUGUGGUGGAGUUAUAACGAGAGUAGUCGACGAUGGUAUGACCAGAGGGCCUGUUGUUCGUUUUACUUCAGUCACUACCGCUAGUGAAGCGAAAAUGUGGAUGGACAAUCCGGAGAAUUUCAAAAUCAUUAAGUCUUCAUUUGAUUCUACUAGCCGAUUUGCAAAACUAACAAAAAUACUCGUCCGAAUCGCUGGUCGACAUUUGUUUAUUAGAUUUACUGCGUUUACAGGAGACGCUAUGGGAAUGAAUAUGUUAUCAAAAGGAACUGAAGAAUCUCUGAGAAUAAUUGGAAAGUACUUCCCAGACAUGGAAGUGCUAAGUUUAAGUGGUAAUUUUUGUUCCGAUAAAAAACCAGCUGCAGUUAAUUGGAUCGAAGGUCGUGGCAAGUACGUCGUGAGUGAAGCUAUAGUACCGGCUAGAAUUGUGAAAGAUGUGUUAAAAACUUCGGUAGCUGCAUUGGUUGACGUUAAUAUUACCAAAAAUUUAAUGGGAUCUGCAAUCGCUGGCAGUAUUGGAGGAAAUAAUGCUCACGCGGCCAAUAUUGUUACGGCGAUUUAUAUAGCUACUGGACAGGAUCCAGCACAAAACGUAGCUAGUAGUAACUGCAUGACGCUAAUGGAAGCCUUUGGUGAUGACCUUUACGUAUCCUGCACGAUGCCGUCUGUUGAAAUCGGCACGGUCGGAGGAGGUACAUCAUUGCCUGGCCAAUCCGCUUGUUUAGAAAUGCUCGGCGUGCGUGGGCCCCACUCCGAGACGCCUGGUGAAAACGCUAAAAGACUGGCACGCAUUCUUUGUGCCACAGUCUUAGCCGGAGAGCUAUCGUUAAUGUCUGCUUUGACAGCCGGUCAUUUAGUACGCAGUCAUAUGGCACAUAACCGAUCAUCUACGACAACCAUACCUGUAAUAGAAAAUCUUGAAACACAAUCAUGCCAACUAAACAAACGAUUUACAGACUGCAUAUCCAGAGUGACGUAAAAAUAUUUUCAUAUUUUUAUGAAAAAAAAACUCGCAAUUAUGAUUUAAUUGAUAAUCGAAUUUUGUAAAUACUUAACACCGGCAUUUUAUUAUAGUAAAUACUUUCUGUGAUGACAUU